CCUGAGCGGCCCAGGGAGAGUCUCGCCGGCUCCCGGGUGGCUAGAGCGUCCGCCCUCGCUCUGUCGCGCUCCAGGUGACGGCGCCGCGAAGGCUGUCGGGAAGUAGGCGGGGUGACGUGAGGUGGACGAGCCCGCGGCGGGUUUGCCGAGCUCAGUGGCCGGCGGUGGCAGGAGCGAGGGCCGGGGGCUCCCGGAGCCGGCGGUGGAGCAGGGCGGCGCGCGGCCGGGGCCAUGACGGGCAAUGCCGGGGAGUGGUGCCUCAUGGAGAGCGACCCCGGGGUCUUCACCGAGCUCAUUAAAGGAUUUGGUUGCCGAGGCGCCCAAGUAGAAGAAAUAUGGAGUUUAGAGCCUGAGAAUUUUGAAAAAUUAAAGCCAGUUCAUGGGUUGAUUUUUCUUUUCAAGUGGCAGCCAGGAGAAGAACCAGCAGGCUCUGUGGUUCAGGACUCCAGACUGGACACAAUCUUUUUUGCCAAGCAGGUAAUUAAUAAUGCUUGUGCUACUCAAGCCAUAGUAAGUGUGUUAUUGAACUGUACCCAUCAAGAUGUCCAUUUAGGAGAGACAUUAUCAGAGUUUAAAGAAUUUUCACAAAGUUUUGAUGCAGCUAUGAAAGGUUUGGCGCUGAGUAAUUCCGAUGUGAUCCGACAAGUGCACAACAGUUUCGCCAGACAGCAGAUGUUCGAAUUUGAUGCUAAGACAGCAGCAAAAGAAGAAGAUGCUUUUCACUUUGUCAGUUACGUUCCUGUUAAUGGAAGGCUGUAUGAAUUAGAUGGAUUAAGAGAAGGACCGAUUGACUUAGGUGCAUGCAAUCAAGAUGACUGGAUCAGCGCAGUGAGGCCAGUCAUAGAAAAAAGGAUACAGAAGUACAGUGAAGGUGAAAUUCGAUUUAACUUAAUGGCCAUUGUGUCUGACAGAAAAAUGAUCUAUGAACAGAAGAUAGCAGAGUUACAAAGACAACUUGCUGAGGAGGAACCCAUGGAUACAGAUCAGGGCAGUAAUAUGUUAAGUGCUAUUCAGUCAGAGGUUGCCAAAAAUCAAAUGCUUAUUGAAGAGGAAGUACAGAAAUUAAAAAGAUAUAAGAUUGAAAAUAUCAGAAGGAAGCACAAUUACCUGCCAUUCAUUAUGGAAUUGUUAAAGACUUUAGCAGAACACCAGCAGUUAAUACCACUAGUAGAAAAGGCAAAAGAAAAGCAGAAUGCAAAGAAAGCACAGGAAACCAAAUGAAGAGGACGCUUUGGGAUGUGCAUACAUUUCUGCUUCUGCACUUAUCUUCAUGGAAACCAUUAAGUAUAAAGAACCUUGAGCAACUUUCUCACUGACUCAGUGCACGUUUGGCAAUAGUACCAGUCUGUCUUGUCUUUAAUGCAUGGAUUCAUAAACUCUCCCUACCUGCAUCAUGUGCAUGUGAUGCGUACUAAAUAAAAGCGGUGUUCAGAGCA